ACAGAUACAGCAGCGUGUUUCGCUCUAAAGCUUCCGUGUAGAAACGUUUAAUUCGAGGAGUUCCGUCAUCUCGAGAGCAGUGGGAUAUCAGAACAUAGACAUUUCAUUGUUGAGGUACAAACAUAAGGCGUUAAAGAGCGGGGCAAACGCUCACACGCGGCAUGGACUGGAAAGGCCAACGCUCAUGACAGCUGCAUAGAAACGGGGGAAAACUCUUUAUAUUAGGAUUAUGGUAGAUUCCAGUGGCCCACAGAAAGACUGGUACUCAAUACUGGGUGCCUGUCCAACAGAUGACAUUAAAGAGCUGAAACAGAAGUAUCAGAAGCUCAUACUUAUGUUUCACCCGGACAAGCAGAGGCCGGACGUAUCAGAAGGUGAAGCGGAGCAGCACCUGCAGAGAUUCAUUGACGUUGACCAAGCUUGGAAGAUCUUGAGUAAUGAGGAGAGCAGGAAGGAGUACAACCUUCAGCUGCGGGCAAAUGAACUGAAACAGAGCUGGCCAGUGGACGCUCAUAUAACCCUCGACGACAUGAACUGGGAUUGUGACACUGAGUGUUAUACGUACAGCUGCCGCUGUGGAGGAGAAUUCAUCUUAGAGAAGGAUGACUUAAAAGAAAUGGAAAUGGUUGUGUGCUGCGAUUCCUGUUCGCUUAGCAUUGAAGUUAAGAAGGUUACAUGACACUUUUGGAUAUGUUCAGCAAGAUUCUUAUUGGACUAUUAUUUAGCUCUUUUAAAAUGGCACAUAUUCUAUGGACACGGUUGAUUUAACAGGAAGUCAACCCCAUUCUUAACUAAAUGUGGCACCAAUGAGAAAGUAUUUGUUAAUUAAAUAUUUAUUCAUGAAUUUAAUAGACAUUACUUUUUUAAUGCUCUUUUAAUGGUCUCCACAUAGAUGUUCAAAUCAACUACACUGUAAAAACCUUCCCAUUAUCCAUUUCUUUUCUUGUUUAAGAGCACAAAAUUUUCACUCACAUGUACCUUACAGCAAGUACAUCACCAAAUAACCGGAACUGGUUUCCAGAAUUGGGUCACACUAGACUCUGAGUGUCUCAGAAAGCCCUUUGGUUGUUUCCUCUGAGCUAGACGUGCUCUUUUACGGACCAGGAAAAAAAAACUUUCUGUUUGUUCACCAGCCCCCUCCUUUCACUCCCCUGUGUUUGAGAGGACCAGGCGGCUCAGUAACCUCUUAGCUCUUGUCAACUUUGUUUGCAUGUAAAUAAAUGCACUUUUUUUCCUCCUCCGACAAUGAAGUCACAAACUGCCUCCACACAUCGCUGGUCGAAAAAGGCCCUCCAGUUAAUGAUGAGCUUUUCUUUGCCUUAUUGUUCUCCGGUCCACUAAAUUUUGGGGGGAUCCGCAAGGUUGCGGCACUGGAAUAGGGUCAUGGCUUUAUUAAACUUCAAACAGUCAUUAGGCUGUUUGCUAAAAUCUGCCGUCCCACAGUAGAAACCGCUUGAUCGGGGCAAAACCACGCUUUUCAUUAAUGUCCUGAGGCCUGAACCGAGGCUAGACCUGCCAGUGGACCGGCAAUGGACCGAACUGUAAUCGACUGUGACAUCAAUUAUGGAUAAUCUCAUCACUUUUGGAGAGUGGGCUUGUCAAAGCUCUAAUUAAGUCCUCGGUUCCCCCUAUAUGUGCAGACAGGAUCAACAACACAUUAUAGUGCAAUGAUAGACAUCAUCAUUCUAUUUUUGAGGGGAUCUAAUUUUUAACCUAGCGUACACUUGUGGGUCUGUGUUAAUUUGAAUGAUUGUCCCUUUACGUCUGUGUGUAUGACUAGAUGAUGCAAAACAUUAUAAUAAUACAUAAUAAUUUGCAUG